AUGAACUGCCGAAGACUUUUGUUACGCACUGUCAGAGAGGAGCAGAAACCUCGACAUCUAGAGGACAUUGUUCUUCCGGGUCAGCACUUCCCAACCUUUAGUUAUGACAUAUCAAAACUUAAAACCACAUCUACUAUAGGCUCAUUAUUGAAGACGUAG